AUGAAGAAUGGAUCUUCACCUGUCAAGAGCCAAGAGACUGCUUCUGUCGGCUUCUCCGAUGGUCCAGUUUCCAAAACUUUGGAACUUGGGUAUAUAGAGCAAAAGACUAAAGAUCCACCAAGAUCAAAUAACGUGAGUAUUCAGACUAAAGAUCCACCAAGAGCAAAUAACGUGUGUAUUCAGACUAAAGAUCCACCAAGAGCAAAUAACGUGUGUAUUCAGACUAAAGAUCCACCAAGAUCAAAUAACGUGAGUAUUCAGACUAAAGAUCCACCAAGAGCAAAUAACGUGUGUAUUCAGACUAAAGAUCCACCAAGAUCAAAUAACGUGAGUAUUCAGACUAAAGAUCCACCAAGAUCAAAUAACGUGAGUAUUCAGACUAAAGACCCACCAAGAUCAACAAACUUGGGUAUUCAGACUAAAGAUCCACCAAGAUCAAAUAACGUGUGUAUUCAGACUAAAGAUCCACCAAGAGCAAAUAACUUUGGUAUUCAGACUAAAGAUCCACCAACAUCAACUAACUUGGGUACUUAG